UAGUAACAGUACAACAAAUAAUUUCUAAUUUUGUAGGUGAACUAUGAUCACUAUGUGCUGAGUCUUCCUGGCUGCAUCUCUAUUUUCUGAUACUAUUUUUUGCUAAGUUUCCAGAUACCAGGACUGCUUUCAUCAUUUACUAUUUGAUCUAGAUUAGGAUGAAGGUGCUCUUUCUACUAUUUGCUGUCCUGACUCUCAUUGAAAUUAGUCAACAACAAAGUCCUACAUGUCCUACUGGAAUGCAGUACAGGACCUGUGGUUCUCAAUGCCCCCUGACAUGUGAGAACAGAGAUGACGACGUAGUAUGCCCAGCAGUUUGUGUUUCUGGUUGUUUUUGUCCUUCUGGACAAGCUCUAGUAGAUAAUGACACAUGCAUUGACCCAGAAAUGUGUCCCAACUCUACUGAAACUCGUAACUGCACUGGUGGUAUGGUUUUUAGGCUGUGUGGAUCAGCAUGCAAUCUGAAUGUCACCUGUGAGAAUGUGGAUGUGCCACGGACAUGUGCAGCAGUUUGUGUCUCUGAUUGUUUUUGUCCUACUGGCACUGCCCUACAAGAUGAUGUCUGCACUCGAUGUCCCACGAGUAGCUCAUCUGCUGCAAGUGUAUCAGGCCUCCUCAUCUUCUCAUUGUUGCUCCUUUACCUUCUAGUUUUAAAUAACAACUAGCAACUAGAUUAAGGCAUUAAGUUGAGCGACAAUAUUAUUUUACUUUAUAUGCCUUCCUUAUUUGUGUGAUAACUUAAUUCUAUUCAAGUUUGUUUUUAUUUAAUUAUUUUAAUAAAAUAGAUCUUUUGAGUUUUUUUGGUAGUCAUUGAUGUAUUUGGUGACCUUGCUUAAGUUGCUUUUUU